UUGUUUUUGCUACCGCGAAGCCGUCAUUCUUUUUCUUUUUCUCGGGAAAAUGCCCGUGCUCUCUGCCACCGCGAUCGUCCCUCCCUGAAGUUUCGCGUAUCGGCGUCGUCACGCCCGUGAGACGGAUUGAUUCGUCGAGCGACAAUCCGGUGUCGGAAAGGAAAAGGCGAGUUUCCGCGCACACCUGCUUCACUUGACGCCGAGUCGAAGGGGAGAGCGACAUUUCAGUCUCGAAAAAAAAUAGUGAAUCGUAUCGUUCUCCGACAAGAUUCUUGUGCGCGCGUGUAGAAGGACGUCCUUGGAAGCCCGUCGUCUCGUGAAGCUGCACGCUUGAGCGAACAAACCGAGACAAGGUUUUUCUGGCGGGAAGCUUUUGAAAGAAGAGUCUGUCGAGGUCACACAGUAGGGAACCAUGGCAGCCCAGCCCGACUCCGUGAUCCAGGAGUUGAGUAGGCUGCACAUCAGCCACAUGACACCCCAGCAGUACUCUCCACUCAGGGGCAAGAAGAUUGCCCCCGUGGUGCCCCCCAAGCCCAAGAAGGUUACCCCCGCACAAGGACUGCACGGAAACUCGCAUGUGCCAGAUGCAACAUACGCUAACUUAUCGGCACCACCGCCUGUGAUGCCCUGCAAAGCCGAGCCACAGGCCAGCCCAGCAACAGCAUUUGAGAGGCAUGCCGUUGUAUCGGCCGCUGCACUGGACUCGACAGACCCACUUCCCCCGCCUCCUCCACCACCCACGCUCGGUCGAAUCCCGUCAUACUCGGCAUCGCAGCAGCAGCAAACUUGCCGUUCGGCCUCAUACUCGGAAGACCUGCCCCCUCCAUCACCACCGCGAUCACCCGACAGCCUGGCGUACGGCACGGCCCAGUCUUCAUCUGCUUCGUUCCACCACUUCAGGCCUCAGUCUUCGGCGAGCACAUACGAUUCGGGCUCAAUCUACGAGCCCAUUGUGCCGCGACCUCCCAGCCAAAUGUCUGGCUACAGCAGCACGGGCUCGUCCCUGUAUUCAUCCUACUACCCGGGCCGCAUGGGCACCGGCCACAAGUCCGGUAACCACCGAGGGGGCCAGGAGGCCGAGGUGGACCAUCUCACUGACUUGCUUGUGCAGAGCAUGGAGAGUUCCGGUGAUCCAGACUUCUUUGAGGAUGAUGAACCACCAGUCAUCGGCAUGUGUUACAAAUGCGGAGAAAAGGUGCUUGGAGAAGGCAGUGGAUGCACUGCCAUGGACCAGGUUUAUCACAUCAAGUGCUUCACGUGCCAUGUGUGCAUGAAGGAACUUAGAGGGAAGCCUUUCUUUGCUAUGGAGGGAAAACCAUACUGCGAAGAUGACUACUUGAACACCUUGGAGAAGUGUUGUGUAUGUGAAAAGCCAAUCUUGGACAGGAUUCUGCGUGCUACUGGGAAGCCUUACCACCCGGCCUGCUUCAGAUGUGUUGUGUGCGGCCAGUGCCUGGACGGCAUUCCUUUCACCGUGGAUGCCACCAGUCGGGUCCACUGUAUCGACGACUUCCACAAGAAAUUUGCCCCUCGCUGUUGUGUGUGCUCUCAGCCAAUUAUGCCUGAACCGGGCAAAGAAGAAACGGUCAGAGUUGUUGCCCUGGAUCGGAGCUUCCACAUCAACUGCUAUAGAUGCGAGGAUUGCGGACUACUGCUCUCGUCAGAAGCGGAAGGCCGGGGCUGUUACCCGCUGGAUGACCACAUCCUGUGCAGGAGUUGCAACGCACGCCGUGUGCAAGCCCUCACAUCUAGGAUGGUCUCGGAGCUUUGAAGUUCUAGCAGUUUCGCCGCUCAGAAUUGUGAUAAUUUUGCACCCGAAGGGCUACAUAGUAACAGCGGCAGUGGUAACAAUGUCCACUUUAGUCGCAGACCCAAGCAGUUUGCCUGCAGCCGCUCGUCAGGCAAGUUUGUAACAGUGUAGCUUUGUGUACGCAUCAUUCCACAAAGAUGGCCCUUCCAGACUCGCAUCUUUCGGGCUUCUCUAUACCAUUAAUGUCACAACAGCUAAUGACUGGUCAUUCUGCUGCGGAGCACGAAGACUCGAGUUUUGUCAAUGGAGGCGGAACACAAAGUAGUGUGUAGUUCAAUAGAACGUUGGGUAGUUACGCUUAAUCGCUUAACCUGUAAACUCCACAUUGCAAUUCUCAUUUGUCAACCAUGCAGCUUGAGAACAUCAAGCUAUCAUGUUAUACUACUCUAUACUGUGCUUGGUUACAGCCUAAGACUUCAUUACAAGAUGCACCAACAGUUUGCAGUGACCAGCCAUUCAUCCUUGUAGAUGCCUAUUCAAAUUGGUAUUUGUGUUAAUGAGAUUUCAUGGGUUGUUCCAAGCUUCAUUUCAAAACUAGCAGCACAAUACAUUCAAAUCAAUCGCCAAGCACUCCGCAUUGCAAAAACGUAUGAACAGGAUUUGGUGGCAUGUUUAUACACCGAUACCAUGUUGCUGUAGGCUGAAGGUGUUGUUUACAAUAGCUAGAGCCCAGUUGUAGUUCUUUGAUUGUCACCAACCUUAGCAGGUAUUAAGAGGAUUGACUGAAAGGCACUGGGUUUUUUGUCAACUGCUAGCCACUGCCUUAAGUCAACUGCAUUUUGUACGUUACAACUAGUUCUACCACCAUUAAAACAAUCCUGUGCCGUACAGAAGCAACAGCGUAGCAUUGAUAGCUUUUGUACACGUUUCGAUUGCAAGAGAUAUUAUUGCAUCGAAAGGUCUUGAUGGAGAGUUCGUGAGAGAACUUCUCUACAUGUCAUAGAUGUUGCCUCAUCUAUAGUGUGAAAGAGCUUAUGAAAUGUGAUUGUGAGUGUCAAAUAUUUGUGGUAAAUGUUGUUUGCAUUUCUUUAUUUAGAAAGUUGUAGCUCUUGCUACAUAAGCACUUGUUCGCGAGCUUUCUAGCAGCAUUCAAUUCAAGUGCAGCUCGUAUCUGCUGUGCAAUGUAAUCCAGACUGGCCGAAGAUCCAGAUGGAGUCUUAUAAUUUGCCAGACUGAGAUGUCCACAAUUUUUGCCCUGUACUACUACUCAAUGUCACAACAAAAUGUAAAUAUCACGGAAGUGCCGUGCCAUGUACUCAAAUUUUGAAGGUCAAUAAAGAACAGUGCUCAUAUAUUA